AAAUUCUAAAAGUAUUAAAAGAAAUUUUCGUGAAUUUUUAAAAUUUUCAUAAAAAAAAAUUGUGGUCCUGGUUUUCAACGAAAAACGAGCAGCAAUUGAAGCACAAUGUACGGGACCAUAAAUAAAACAGCGAGAAUGCAUACGAACAGGAUUAUAAUUUAUUUAAUGUUGAGCCUGACAUUAAUCAUAAAAGGCACCGAAACAUCACCCAGUAGCAGUAGUAGAUACCAAGACAAUUAUAUUGAGGAAGACAAAUACACGCCGGGAUUUUUAACGCUGGGACAAAAGUACAGCAUCGCAAUUGGGUCAACUGUCAUCUUACCCUGCAAAAUUAAUGAAACUGACAAACCGGAAGAUUAUGUGCUCGCCUGGAAGAAAGACAUUGCCAUUCUCACAGCGGGUCCCGUAAAAGUCAACAUGAAUCCCCGUUAUCGGCUCAUGCCGUCGACAGCGAGUCCCGGCACUGUGGGCGCGUCGCAUGGCUACAACUUGGAGAUUAAGGACGUUCGGACCUCGGAUGCCGGCGAAUAUGUGUGUCAGCUGGGAACAAUUGUGCCGCGUGAAAUUGUGCAUACGCUCGAAGUGAUGGUGCCACCAAAAAUUGAUUUUGUUUCGCCACCAAGUCGCUUGGAUGCUUCGAAGAACUCGGCAAUUCGGUUGGAAUGUCGCGCUUCGGGAAAUCCGCAACCGAAGAUAAUUUGGACGCGCAAAAACAACGUAAUGCCAAACGGUGAAGCGAAUGUCACGGGAAAUGUACUCGAGAUUAUGCAUGCGACACGACACACUGCCGGACAUUAUCGGUGCACAGCUGACAAUCGGGUUGGGCAAACAGACACGCGCGAAAUUUUCGUCAAUGUUUUGUAUGCACCCGAAAUCGAAGUAGAACGAGGAUUCGUACACACUGGAGUCGGAUUUGAGGCACAACUGACUUGUGUAGUUCAUGCCGAACCACAACCGCAUGUAAUCUGGUACAAAGACACUACACAACUCGGCACGACGGAACAACAUUCCCAACAGACUCGAGGCAACAAGUACAGUUUGAUCAUUCGAAAUGUGACGCACUCUGACCUCGGUAACUACACUUGCCAGGCAUCGAACAACCUUGGACGGGAUCGUGGCUACUUGACCUUGAGUGGCAUUCCAUCGAUUUGCAUUUUUGAUUCGCCCUCCGUCAGUCACUAUCGCGAUCAAUACAACAUCACGUGGACCGUUCAAAGUUUCUCUCCCGUACGCGAAUACCGCCUCUUCUACCGCAAACAAAUCCCCAAGACUUUCCCGGACAAGGAAAAUCACAUUAUCCCAUCGCAUGCAUACCAAUUCGGUGGCUCGAAUUUGGACAAUCAAUGGGAAAAUGUCGUAAUCCCUGAAGUUUAUGACGAACAAGGUUUCCGUUAUCGCAGCUAUGCGGGAUACGAACACGUUCAAAACACCCGACACCGAAGAAGUUUCUUGAUCAAAGCAUUGACGCCAGCCACGAACUACGAAGUGCGCGUUCAGGCACGCAACGACCACGGAUGGAACAAAUUGUCAGCCAUUUUUCACUUUUCCACGGCUUCUGAAGACAUGGAACCAUCUGCUCAACCGGCAGUCCUCAAAGGUCUCCUAGACAAGGGAUUUUUAAAUAGCUCAACAAGCAUUCAAUGUACCUUCUUACUUACCACCAUCACCACUUUAGCAUCAAUUUUAAUUGCAUCAACAUUCUCAACGUGAUUAUCUCGUACUGCAAGUUAUUUUUAAGCCAACACUUGAGAUUACCUUUGAAAAAAAAAAUUAA